GUCAUGGCCCGAGAAGGGCGUGUGGAACUCGAGGCUGCAGAGGAGCUCGGAAGGACAGAGUUGAUGUCGUCGCAGCCGCUCUUCACCGACUCGGUCUCCGACUCGGAGGAGACCGGGACCGACGUGGCGUCGUCAGCGACACAGGUGGUCGUGGGCGAGGGUACAAAGCCGGAGAAUGCGGAGAAUGCGACAAGUAGAGCAGAUCCAAUGUCAGGAAGCUCGGCUGGUGGUUCGUCUGAGACUGAGGCAGUGUGCUCGCGGUGCGGGCAUGCGGCGGCCGGGCGGACAAAGUAUGCUGUCGACCCGGACUAUCUCGACGUGACUCGUGAUGGCAAGGUGGUGACCUCGGCGCCGUUCCCGGAGCGGAUGCUGACUUCGGCUUCGUGGUCGGCGCUCUUCCCGCCUGGGCGGGCUCGGGCGGGCAAGCCUGCGAGCUUGGACCCGGGCAGAGGCUCGCGCGCCUCUGGCACUGCUGCUGGAAGUGGCGAGGCCGGCAGGAGGGGCAGGACAGCAGCCGGCGAGACUCGUAGUAACGAUAACGAUGACGAUGACGAUGAUGACGACGACGAGAUUGAUGCACAGGAUGUGAUGUUGGCCGAGUCGCUGCUGGCGAUUCUGAACUCGAGCUUUGUGGCACGGGACGGGAGCGAGGCUGUGCACGAGAUGGACGCAGUGCUACAGCCGAGCCACAAGUGGGUGAGCCGCGCGGCGCGGCUCAAGUUUGUGAGCGAGCUGUGCCAGGUUGCGGAGCGGGCGAGCAGAGUGGUGAAGCGCGACCGGAUCCUGCUCUCUGUGAGCGCGCCGACGUACAUUCUGGGCGACCUGCACGGCAACUACCGCGACUUGCGGCUGUUUGAGGACCGGUUCUGGCCUCUGGGCAUCAAGCUUUGUCCGGCGUCUGUCCUGUUUCUGGGCGACUACGUCGACCGCGGGGCGCACUCGCUGGAGACGAUCGGAUACCUGCUUGCGCUCAAGAUCCUUGCGCCGAACAAGGUCUUUCUGCUGCGUGGCAACCACGAGAUGGCGAGCGUCAACUCUGACGCAGAGCUGUACGGGGCGUCGUCGUUCCUUGCGCAGUGCAUGCAGAUGACUGACAAGGUGCGUGUCGAUGGCGAGCGGGUGUGGCGGUCGGUCAACUUUGCGUUUGCGUUUAUGCCGUUUGCGGCGAUUGUGGACAAGGAGAUCUUCUGCGUCCACGGCGGUAUUCCGCGGAUUGUGCACGAGCUGGCGGCAGUGUCGUCGACCAACCGGCAGGCGCCGACGGUGGCGGAGCGGCUGGCCACGUUUCCGCGGCCGAUCUAUGAUAAUGAGCUCGACGAAGACGAGUCUGCGCUGCUGUCCGACUUGCUGUGGGCGGAUCCGGCGACUGAGGCGCAAGAGGCGGUCCUUGCGCGGCAGCCGGCGUUCCCGCCGGGCUUUGGCUUCAACUCGCGCGGCGGGCGGACGGUGGUCUUUGGCUCGGAGGCCGUCGACUCGUUCCUGGCCAAGACUGGAUGCUCGUUCCUUGUCCGGGCCCACCAGCCGCCGUCGCUCGGAGUCUCCUACCAAAAGUCUGCCCGGGUCAUCACCGUCUUUUCGUCCUCGCACUACUGCGGGUCGUACAACUCGGCCGCCGGCGUCCUUGUGGCAGACUCGGCGAUCCGGGUCAUUGUCAUGGCAUCGGCGACGCAGCCAGGCACGGCGCGGCGGGCAGCAGCAGCACCGCCGCAGCCUCCGCGGAGGACGCAGCCGACACAGCCGACGCAGGCGAUGAGCGCGGCGAGCGAGAGUAGUGGCGAGAAGGCGGCGGCGGCGGCGGACCCGCUCCCGUUCCCCAUCGAGCGAACAGUGUGUGUGCCGAACCUCUCGGCGCUCCUCAACGCACCGCCCGGCUCGCGGGCAGCGAGCGUGGCAGCAUCUAGCCCGUCGAUGCUGGCGACGCCACCGUCGAGCAACAGCAAGCGCGCGCGAAGCGAGUCUGACGACGACGAGGCGACGGCAAGCACGGCGUCGCCCGGCUCGGCAACAUCGCCGACGGCCAAGCGCAAGCGGUACCUGUUCAAGUGA